CAAAAACUGUGCCCGAACAUGUAGUCUGAGUUGGAAAAGAUUGGGAAUGAACACCACACGAUCCUUACCGUUUCUGUUCUCCCGCACACCCUGUAUCUGCCAGAUCAUUCACCCGACAUGUAGGCGAACACCUUUGCGCUUUUUUCUAAGAAAACCGGACCGAUUCAAGUUCGUCACCAACGAGUUGGCCCUUCCAAAGGAACGUCGCAUAUCGAAAUCAGAUCUGCCGCCACUGGAUACCCCAUCAGAAGUGGAAGCAGACGUGCCUACCAAAGGAGAGAAACUUGAAUGGUACAAUGAUCCAUUCUACUUGCGAGUCCGAGUUGAAAAGCUGUUAAAGAAUGGUGACGAGGACACGGCUGUGGACUUGGUGGACCGACACCGCGGGGCGGCGAAUGCAGAGGUGUUUGGAACGCUGAUAGCUGGGUUAGGACGUCGAGGGAAUUACAAAAAGGCUGUUAAAGCGUUUAGAGAGAUGCGCCGAAGAAGGAUCAAGCCAACACCACAUUCUUAUACCGCUCUCUUGAACGCUUAUGCACAAGCUGCGUAUGGUCCGUUGGAUGCAACAGCACGAAGCAAUUGCUUGCGAGACGCACGAGAGUUAUGGGAAUCUAUGGAAGACCGUACAGCAGUCCAUCUCAAUGCGAUGCUCAAUGUAUGCACGGCAUGUUCCUCUGAAGGUGGUUGGGAUCUUGGUUGGAAUAUAUACCGGGAAUCGGUGCCAGAGAAGGGGCAGCGGGAUGCACAGGCACCUCCGCCCGAUGUGAUCACAUUCACGAUCAUGCUGCGAAUGUGUGCAAAGUUGGGUGGAAAUGACGGUCUUGAUGCUGCGAUGCGUAUCUGGACGGAUGUGAGAGCGGUCCUAGAUAGGAUCCAGCCGGCUGCCGCUAAGAAGAAAGGUGGAAAGUCAGGAGUGCGGGCAUUGGCUGUGGACGAUCGACUUUUGAGUGCAUUGCUUCUGACUUGUAUUCGCGCGGAAGAUAAACUGCGUGUUGUGAAAGGACUCGAAUUUGUUGAUGAGUACCUUGAUUUGCCCGUGGACUCAGAUUCGCCUACCACUCAACAGUCAAACGGUGGAAAAAUCUCCUUAAAUACUCCUCUAUUGUAUCACCUGAUCCAUUUGGCAAGUCGUUUGCGUGAACCGGCGCUUGCUGUCAGGUGGUUUAAGAUCGCGUCAAGUAGAGAUGUUCCGGCGGAUGAAGGGGUGUACAGUGCACUUAUCGGACUUCUCAUUUCGGUCGGCGAUUUGGAGCAAGCCUGGCAAAUUGUGCAAUCGGCCGACACGUUUCGUCCCGCUCUUGGCCUUCGGGUGUGUGCAGCUGCGGUACGUAAAAGCGGGGAAGAUUCAAAGAUGUGGGUCACAAGAGCCGAGGAGUUUACAGACAGCAUCAAGUCGGCGUCAGUAGGACGUCAGACAGGCAUUCAUGAUCUGCAAUCUUUGGUUAACCUUGCUGAGAUAUAUGUCGCCGCAGGACGACGAAAGGAUGCCUGGGACGUUUUGGAGCGCGAGCGGUCCAAUCUGAUUGACGUUACGCGCAAAAAGUUAGAGCGAUCCGUAACAGCCGCUGCACCAUUAUUGUCUGAGGAGGCUCUCGGAAAUCCUUCGUUGGAUGGAAUCACAGAGAUGAACGGAAAGACUUCUGCCUUAUUAUCUCGAUCCCAACGCCAACAAUCUGAACUUCAAACCCGCAUUAAGGCGCUCAACUUGGCGCAUGAGUUAUGCUCGGAGCUAAAACGCCAAACAUCAAACCGUUCUGAGCGUAUGCGCUUCUCUCUCAUUGAUCGACAAAUACAGGAAGUUCUCGGGAUAUUUGAGAUGGUGGAUAGUGAAGCGCAACGGCUUCGCACUAAUGCGAUAGAAGGAAGAAAGCGAUUGGAGAAGGUGCGAGGGGAGGGAUAUAAACUGGUCGGCAGGGAAAAAGGCCCUGCUGACACGACUGGCGAAGGAUAUAGAGUAGUUGGCAGGGAAGGCGAGCACGCAGAUGGAAAAGAUGAUAUCCACGGCAAGACAAGGAAGAACUUGUCUCGUAGUAACGCGCCUGAGCGUUCCCGAAUUCGUGAACUGAAUGACAGGAACACUGGUGUUCCUGUUGCUGCAAUCAGAGGAUCGGGGGGACGGAACCACGGAUAUAGAAAUCGUCGAUCAGAAGGAACUAGUCGCAGUGGGCGAAAGAAGACGGAGCAAUAACAUGGCACGGCAGGGAUAAACUCUUGUAUAUAGGAUACGCUAGAUUUUAUUUCUUUUUUUGCUACACAUUGUGCAUUGCAAUAUCUACAUGUUAUCCAGCUA